GAGCUGGCGCUCAAGCACCGUGGGACCUUGGCUGGCUUCUGGGGAGCAAGAGAUCCAUUUAUGAAUACUUGAUCUCUGACUGCUGGGAAGCAUGGCUGAUGCUCCGAAGGAGGGAAGACUGACCCGGUUUCUGGACUUCACCCAGCUGAUGAACAUGGCAUCUGAAUCCGUAGGAGGAAAAAUGGUAAAGGAGAAUCGGAAAAAAGGGUGGGAAGAGAAGAACAAGGAGGAGGCAGGCAAUGAAAUGGAAGCAUUUCAAGGCAUCGUGGCUUAGCUGCGGAUUCUGUCGCUUCCCCUAGAUUUUAUUUGCAACAGAUGACUUUUUUGCUCCUGCAGAAAACCUCAUAAAGAGUGACAGCCCGUGCUUCAAAGAGCAUGAAUAUACGGAGUUUGGGAAAUGGAUGGAUGGCUGGGAGACCAGGAGGAAAAGGAUUCCAGGUCAUGACUGGUGUGUCCUCAGGCUGGGGAUCCAAGGAGUCAUCCGGGGCUUCGACGUGGACGUUUCUUACUUCACGGGAGAUUAUGCUCCUCGAGUGUCCAUUCAAGCAGCAAACUUGGAAGAAGAUAAACUACCAGAAAUCCCAGAAAGAGGAAUCAGGACAGGAGCUGCAGCCACUCCUGAGGAGUUUGAAGCCAUUGCUGAGCUAAAAUCCGACGACUGGAGUUACUUGGUUCCCAUGACCGCGCUUAAGCCAGGAAACCCUGCUUCCGGCCACAACUAUUUUCUUGUCAAUUCCCAGCAGAGAUGGACUCAUAUCAGACUCAACAUUUUCCCAGAUGGUGGAAUUGCACGACUUAGAGUAUUCGGUACUGGACAAAAAGACUGGACUGCAACUGACCCCAAAGAACCUGCAGACCUAGUGGCCAUCGCUUUUGGGGGUGUCUGUGUAGGAUUUAGUAAUGCUAAGUUUGGGCACCCAAACAAUAUAAUAGGAGUUGGCGGGGCAAAGUCCAUGGCGGAUGGUUGGGAAACUGCAAGAAGGCUGGACCGGCCACCAAUAUUAGAAAAUGAUGAGAAUGGCAUUCUCUUGGUUCCGGGUUGUGAAUGGGCAGUUUUCCGAUUGGCACAUCCUGGAGUAAUAACUCGAAUUGAAAUUGACACAAAAUAUUUUGAAGGCAAUGCUCCUGACAGCUGUAAAGUGGAUGGGUGCAUCCUGACAACUCAGGAAGAAGAAGCCGUGAUCAAGCAAAAGUGGAUUCUCCCGGCCCACAAGUGGAAACCACUGCUUCCAGUGACCAAGUUGUCUCCCAACCAAAGUCAUCUGUUCGAUAGCCUGACCCUAGAGCUCCAAGAUGUCAUCACUCACGCCAGGCUCACCAUCGUCCCCGACGGGGGAGUGAGCCGCCUUCGGCUCUGGGGCUUCCCCAGCUCCAUCUGCCUCCUGAGGCCCCGGGAGAAGCCCAUGAUGAAGUUCUCGGUGGGCUUCAAAGCAAACCCUUAACACACACAAAGCCCCGGUGUCGGACACACAGCAGUAAUUUCCCAGUCAUAGUCUUCUUUUCAAAUGUUUUGAACACCUGGUGAUUUAAUAAAGUGGUCGUCUCACAAA